ACCUGUGUUUAUAAAAUUGGUGAAGGCAGAAGAAAAACACAUGCCCUGCUUGACCAGAAGACAUGCAGCCAAUGGAUCUGGAACAUCAGCGAGUGAGACUGAAUGACGGUCACUUCAUGCCUGUCCUGGGAUUUGGCACCUACAUACCUCCCGAGGUUGACAAGAGCAAGACUGUGGAGGCCACCAAAUGGGCCAUAGAAGCUGGGUUCCGCCAUAUUGAUUCUGCUUACCUGUAUGAAAAUGAAGAGCAGGUUGGGCUGGCCAUCCGCAGCAAGAUUGCAGACGGCUCUGUGAGGAGAGAAGACAUCUUCUACACGUCAAAGAUUUGGAGCACUUUCCUUCGACCAGAGUUGGUCCGAUCAUGCCUGGAAAUAUCACUGAGAAAACUACAGUUGGACUAUGUUGACCUCUGCCUUAUUCAUAUGCCAGUGGCUUUGAAGAUUUGGCGGAACUCACCAGGUGGCUGUCAAAGGAAAGCCCCAAUGGGAAUUUGGGAAACUCGACGUCCACGGCUGCCUCUUCUCACGCCAAAUGAGAAGAUUUUUCCUGUUGAUGAAAAUGGAAAAGUCAUAUAUGACAGUGUGGAUCUUUGUGCCACCUGGGAGGCCCUGGAGAAGUGUAAAGACGCUGGAUUGGCCAAGUCCAUUGGGGUGUCCAACUUUAACCGCAGGCAGCUGGACAUGAUCCUGAACAAGCCCGGACUCAAGUACAAGCCCGUCUGCAACCAGGUGGAAUGCCAUCCCUAUCUCAACCAGAGCAAGCUGCUGGAUUUCUGCAAGGCCCACGACAUCGUCCUUGUGGCCUACAGUGCUCUGGGGACCCAGCGAGAUGAACGAUGGGUGGACCCGAACUCCCCCGUCCUCCUGGAAGACCCAGUCCUAUGUGCCCUGGCCAAAAAGCACAAGCGGACCCCGGCCCUGGUCGCCCUGCGCUACCAGCUGCAGCGAGGGGUCGUGGCGCUGGCCAAGAGCUACAAUGAGCAUCGGAUCCGAGAGAACAUGCAGGUUUUUGAAUUCCAAUUGACUUCAGAGGAUAUGAAAGCCCUAGACAACGUGAACAGAAAUGUUCGAUAUAUUACUCUUCCUUUCUUUGCUGGCCACCCUAACUACCCGUUUUACGAUGAAUAUUGACAUGGAGCGGUCUCAUGACUCAUCCUGAGAGCUUCUGUUUGUGUCCACCGACACAGAAGGUGUUCCCGGAGCUGCUCCUUGGAGGCGUGACCUCUGGUUAAUUCCACAUCACUUAGCAACCUCGGGCAGCUACGCCACCUUCCCAGGUUAGGAAGGGAGGACAAUAAAUUUAUGUCACUAUGAAAAAAUUGAA